UUCUAUAUAUUCUUCCUUCCAAUAUAUAUAUUUUCAUACUAAAGAAAAAAUAAAAAAGAACUAGCUAGCUAGCGUAUAUGGUGAGCCAAGAAGCCAUGGAUCAAAGGUUUUCAAGUUGUCGUGGCGUAUCGUUUGAGAUCCAAUCCCAUAGGGAUCCAUUCGCCAUCGAUCGUCAUGUAGCCCCUACUCCAAAACUUUGGCUUCCAUGGAGCAGUAAUUCUUCUAAGAGAAUCGUACCAACUUCUGGUGCCAUUAUUUCAAGAUCCACUAGUCGAGCCAGCAGCCAUUUUUGCGACGUGGAUACAGACGAUGAUGCGGACAAUGUGUUGAUCAAUAUCGAAGAAGGCUAUGAGCUAGACUACCAAUUGCCCUUACCACCUCAAGUUCAAGAACUCCCCCUAGCUCCAAGUAAAAAGAUUGUUCCCAAUAAGCCAAGCAACAAACCGAAAGUAGAGUCGAGAUUAUCGGUGAUCUUGCUCGAUCAAGGCAUGUUUACGGUGUAUAAGAGACUCUUUGUAGUUUGCUUGACUCUUAACAUUACAGGGUUAGUCCUUGCUGCCACGGGUCAUUUUCGUUACGCUAGAGACCAUGCUACCUUGUUUUCCAUUGGAAACCUUCUGGCUCUGAUACUAUGUAGAAGUGAAGCCUUUUUACGUGUCGUGUUCUGGCUUGCGGUGAACGUAUUUGGGCAUCCGCGGGUGCCUCUACGCCUUAAAACUGCCAUCACUUCUUUACUUCAAUCCUUAGGAGGGAUACAUAGCAGUUGUGGCGUUUCUUCGGUUGCUUGGCUUACAUACUCUUUGAUUCUUACACUUAAAGAUAGAGACAGCACCUCGAAUGAGAUCAUCGGUGUCGCCUCAGCUAUUCUCGCGCUUUUGUGCUUGUCUUGUCUUGCGGCGUUUCCCUUGGUUCGUCACCUCCACCAUAACGUCUUCGAAAGAACUCACCGGUUCACGGGGUGGCUGUCCUUGAUACUCCUUUGGGCCUUCAUUGUGCUCACGAAAUCGUAUGAUCCCGAUACCAAAUCGUAUACAAAAGACGUGGGAUCAAAGUUGGUUAAAGAGCAAGAAUUUUGGUUCACGUUGGCCAUAACUAUACUUAUCAUUAUUCCAUGGUUGACCGUGAGGAGGGUUCCGGUCAACGUCUCGGCCCCAUCGGGCCAUGCUUCUAUUAUUAAGUUUGCAGGAGGAGUGAAACCGGGGAUACUAGGUCGGAUUAGUCCUUCCCCGAUGUCCGAAUGGCAUGCAUUCGGAAUCAUUUCUGACGGGAAGGACGAACACAUGAUGCUAGCCGGUGCAGUUGGCGACUUCACAAAGUCGCUAGUGUCAAACCCGCCGAGCCACUUAUGGGUUCGACAAGUGCAUUUUGCGGGUUUGCCUUACUUAGUUAACAUGUACAAUCGUGUGCUGGUAGUGGCAACUGGGUCGGGUAUUUGUGUAUUUCUUUCAUUUUUGUUACAACAAGGUCCAGCCGAGGUGUGCUUCUUGUGGGUUGCAAAAGGGAUUGAACAAAAUUUCGGCAAAGAGAUAAAAGAGUGGAUGAGUAAUCAUCCAAAAGAUAAAGUGAUAGUUCACGACACCGCGGUGAUGGGGCGGCCAAAUGUUUCCGAGAUGAGCGUGGAGGCGGCGAAGAAAUUCGGUGCGGAGGUUGUGAUCGUAACGAGUAACCCUGAAGGUAGUAGGGAUGUGGUGAAUGCUUGCAAGAGUAAAGGGAUUCCAGCUUUUGGUCCCAUUUGGGACUCUUAACUAAAAAAAAAAACUUAAUUAAUUAUUAAUAAACUCUAAAUUACUAUAGCAAUAUACAAUACAAAAAAACCAACAAUUGGAAUGUAAUAUUGUAGUAUGUGCUAUGUAAUCGAAUGAACUCAUGUGAUUAUUAGUGUGUU